AUGGAUGACAAUUCAGACGUCAGCUGGACAUCCGAAGUGGUCUGUGAACUAAUUGAUAGCUUCAAAGAACAUCCUGCGCUAUGGCAUUUUGCCCAUCCACAUUAUAACGACCAGCAAAAGCGCAAGGAGCUUCUGCGUGGCAUAUCAAGGAGACUUCAUAGAGUCACCGGUGGAUUUAUUAUUAACGAAGAUGUUUUAUAUGAAAAGUGGCGUGCGCUCAAGGGUCAAUUCGACGAUGAAAUGACGAAAGCAAGGCAGGGAGAAGUGAGCGGUUGGGAGUUUUAUCAACGUAUGCUUUUCCUCUCGCCAGAAGUGCUGUCUGCUUGUAGGUUCGAUGACUUGAAUGGAGGUAUUGUACCACCGGUGCUUACCACAAGCGUUGCGAAGGCUGUCGAUGCGAACAUUCGUAAAAUACUAGGCUAUGUGCCUAAGUCACUACAACAAGAGGUGGAAACCGUUCCAAUCAAACGGCCCAAAGUCGCACCAAAAAACUGUGCUCCAAAACCCUCUACUCAUUGGGACACUCCUUCUUAUGUGCAGCAGGUCGUAUCUACAUGGGUUCCACCUCGUGAAGAUUCCGUUGAAGCGGUGACUCAACCUCUUCCGCCAGCCCCGCCUCCUACGGCUACGGCGCAAGUAACGGCGAAAAGUGAGAUCGGUCACAUUCUGAAGAGUGACAUCGACCUUUUAUGUCAGUCCUCUCCUCGCCCUUCCAUGAACGGCUCCAAAUACGGAGAUUUCGUAGCAGAUCAGUCUUUUCGGGUUUGUGAAGACAAAUGGACUUUUAUGGGUCGCAUGAUUGAAGAAGCUGCCCGCGAACUGGAAUCGAAGAAUCCUGAAUUGGCGUUUCGUCUACAGAAAGAGAUCAACGACGUCAUCUUUAAAUAUCAAAUUGAAAGUCUUAAAUAUAGGAAGUAG